GUUUUUCUUCAAGGACGUCCACUAAAUCUGAAUCCACACUCCUUUGGCUUUAAUUACCCAAUUUCCUUUCCUUUCCUUUCCUUUCUUUUCUUUUCCAAUUUCUUCAGGUUACAACAUUUUUUUGCCAACUACCCCUCUGCUUCUAAAACCCUCUGUUUCUUUUCUUUUUCUCUUUUGGAAAAGUUUAUUUUUGUUCCUUUCCCAGACAUUCUUGGCUGUUCUUCCCAUUCCCCUUCCCCCUUCCCCUUCUUUUUCUUCUUAAUUUAUUACCCAAUUUUCCCUUCUUAAAACCCACAACCAUGGUCGCUUUGGUUUCUCAAGAUAACAUGGUUUCUUUGGUUUCUCGUACUGGAAGGCAUUUGCAGCGUUAUGAUAUCAGGGGUCGCCGCCAAGUUGUUGGAUGCAUUCCCUAUAGGUACAAGACAACUAAGAAAAGUGCUUUGGAUAAUAUAGAGGAAUUGGAAGUGCUUGUGAUUAGCUCACAGAAAGGGAAAGGCAUGUUGUUCCCAAAGGGAGGUUGGGAAACUGAUGAAUCUAUUACUGAGGCUGCUUCAAGAGAAACCCUUGAGGAAGCUGGUGUUAGAGGAAUUGUUCAGGGUGAAUUGGGGAGUUGGAGUUUCAAGAGCAAAACCUAUGACACUUUCUAUGAAGGAUACAUGUUUCCUCUACUUGUCAAGGAGCAGCUCGAGUUUUGGCCCGAAAAGAACUUUCGACAACGAGUUUGGAUGAGCGCUCACGAAGCUCGGGAGGUUUGCCAGCAUUGGUGGAUGAAGGAAGCAUUGGAUAUAUUGGUAGGACGACUUUCAACCCAAAAGAAGCAACAGAUUGAGGAAGUUAUGCCGUGCUCGUUGAGCUGACGAAGAUGGAGGUCACCUCUCGUCUCUUGCCUUUACGGUUUUCGUGUAAAUAAGAAUUUGGUGAAAGGCUACAUUGGCAGAGCAGAAAAGUACUGAAAAAAUGGGGAAGAGUUUAUAUUUAGGAAGAUUAAAGUGAAGAAGAAUUAAGAAAAAAUGGUUAAAGGAAAGAGAUUUUCUAGUUGGAAGUCUGCAUUUUCUGGAUAUUUGGUAGAAUCAUGCGGCUCAAAGAUACACCAAAGGAAGUCUGAUUGAAGAAAUGGAAACUUUUUUUUUUUCCUACACAAAGAUGAAGAACAGAGAUUUGAUUCUGAUCACAAACUUUGUUUCUUUUUCUUUCUUUUUUGAGUUUCUGUUUUUUUUUCAGGAGAAAAAAUAUUCAAUCAGACUCCCAAGUGUAAUAGUUGUUCUUCUUGUCAAUGUCAAUUUGAAAACUUCAAUCCAUAUUCAUAUCCUCUCAUUUUCACUUUUCAAUGGGGAUAUCUUUUAUC